CUUCAAGGACAACUAUGUGAAGGAACCAAUAGAAUGCCAUGUUUUAUCAGGCAUAACAUGCCUCUCGUGCCCCCGAAGAGGAAUUUGACCGUCAUAUAUAGCGUUCGAUGCCCCUCUCGCGUUGCAGGCUGUCAAACAUCCAGUGGUCAUAUGCUGAAUUCCUUGAUUUAUCAACCUUUACAACGCUUUUGAUCAAGUCAGAUUGGCUGUCACUACCUGCUUGAACAAUGAGGGUCUUUUCUGCCUUUACUUGCCUGUUGCGCAACUUCGUGGUUAUCAGCCUACUAGCCAGUGUCCUCACCUCGGCGUACCUUGACAGACUCUCGCACAGCUUAUCAUCGAGCCCACAACGCAGGAGCCUGCCAGGCUCGCUUGCCACGGCGCCAAAUGGUGCCGUGGGCUAUCAACCUCUUCCAGAAUUAGUCGAAAGACCGAACCCGACAACCACCCUAAUAGCCAAGCCGACCGCGCUGUCUCAGGAGCUGAGCUCGAACGGAGGCACAAGAGAUACAGGAUCACAAGAGGAAGUAAUAGUCCUGGCUGGCACGGUCACCAGAGCUCAGACUGUUCUUCGGGCUACACAAACGGGCGUGGCAAGAAGAAGUAUCACAUUGGAAGCGAGUGUCGGAUUACUCGCGAUUGUCUUGUGUCUUUACCACUUGUAA